AUACUGCAUAAAAAGUAAAAAUGAAAGAGGCACUUGUUUUUCUUCUUUUCUUGACCAAAAAGUUUCCAGAGAAGUUCAAUAGUUGCUCAAAAAAGAAAGAAACACUUUAUGUUUUGUGUCUUGUUCUUCUUAUUUCGGUUUUAAAAGCACCAGUAACAAAACCAAAUUUUGGAAAGUUUAUCGAAUGCCUACGCGAUCGGACUACUCUGGAGAAUCCAAUCACCGAUGCCAUCUCCAUCGCCGAUAACACCACCACCUUCUUGUCUUCUUACGUGUCAUACACGAAAAAUAAGAGGUUCUCGAGCCCUAACUUAAAAAACCUACUAGCCAUCAUAGCGGCAAAACAUAUAUCUCAUGUUCAGGCCACGGUUGUCUGCGCAAAGUCCAAUGGUAUCCAGAUACGUAUCCGAAGCGGUGGUCAUGACAACGAGGGUUUUUCUUACGUGUCGUCUGUGCCAUUUGUCAUUCUCGAUAUGCACAAUCUGAGGUCUAUUGAUGUCAACGUGACGAGCAAGAACGCAUGGAUUCAAGCUGGUGCAACCUUGGGAGAGCUCUACGUAAAGAUCAAUGAGGCAAGCCAAACGCUAGCGUUUCCAGCUGGCGUGUGCCCUACGGUAGGAGCAGGAGGACACAUAAGCGGUGGAGGGUUUGGAAAUCUGAUGAGAAAAUUCGGAAUCACGGUGGAUCAUGUCAUUGAUGCUCAAUUAAUUGAUGUCAAUGGCAAGCUCUUAAAUCGAGCUGCCAUGGGAGAAGAUCUCUUUUGGGCGAUUCGCGGUGGUGGUUCAAGUUUUGGAGUUAUCCUCUCUUGGAAAAUCAACCUCGUGGAGGUUCCAAAGAUCCUGACAGUGUUCAAGGUUAACAAAACAUUGGAACAAGGAGGCACUGAUGUUCUCUACAAGUGGCAGCUUGUCGCUAACGAACUCCCUGAUAGUCUUUUCAUAACAGCAUGGCCUCGGACCGUAAAUGGACCAAAACCCGGCGAGAGAACCAUCGCGGUUGUAUUCUAUGCUCAGUUCUUGGGUCCAACAGAUAAGCUGAUGGAGAUAAUGGACGAGAGCUUCGCUGAAUUAGAGCUAAGCCGUGAAGAUUGUCACGAAAUGAGCUGGCUUAACACGACGUUGUUUUGGGCCAAUUACCCGGCGGGUACACCAAAGAGCGUCCUCCUAGAUAGGCCUUCGACGAAUUCAGUGUCCUUUAAGAGUAAAUCGGAUUUUGUCAAAAAACCUAUCCCCAAGAAAGGUUUAGAGAAGCUUUGGAAGACAAUGUUUAAAUUCAACAGUAGCGUCUCGUUGCAAUUCAACCCUUACGGUGGAGUGAUGGACCGGAUUCCGGCAACGGCCACUGCGUUUCCUCACCGGAAAGGAAACUUGUUCAAGGUUCAAUACUCUACGAUGUGGUUUGACGCAAACGCCACAGAGAGUAGCCUGGCUAUGAUGAAGGAGCUUUUCGAGGUGGCGGAACCGUACGUGUCAAGUAACCCGAGAGAGGCGUUUUUUAAUUUCAGAGACAUCGAUAUUGGAAGCAAUCCAAGUGGUGAGACAAACGUGGAUGAGGCUAAGAUCUAUGGAUACAAGUAUUUCUUGGGGAAUUUGAAGAGAUUGAUGGAUGUUAAAGCUAAGUAUGAUCCUGAGAAUUUCUUUAAGAACGAGCAGAGUAUUCCUCCGGUUCGUGUAAAGUAGUGAUAUUAUCUGGGCUUAUAGUCUAUUUUUUUCUUAAAAUCUGUAUGAGCCCCAAUUUCGUUGGUCCGGCUCUGAAUCUAUAUGUAGUUUGCUAUGUUCAAUCAUUACUCAAUAAAGAAAUCGAUUAGCA